ACUUUGCUUGACGUUAGCUAGGGAUUCAACAUGCCCUCUCAGUCCUUGUAAUUUAUAAUUCUUUUUUUUUUCUUUUAAUCAACUAUCUUUUGCCAAAAGUGGACUUUUCAUUUUAGAGACGAUCAGGAAUUCUAAACGGGUGUGCUAUUCUGUAUAUCUUGCCAAGCAAAAAAAAAAGAUUCCUGGAUUACCACGACUUUUGGAGAUUCCUACUGGAUCAUGAUUUUGACUAAUUAUUGACUUGUGAUAAACCAUGCAACAAACGAGUCGACGGAAUUGAACCCUCAACACUGGAUCCUCUAAUUGGAGUAUAAUAAUCAAACAUCCACUGGCUCUUCUCAACGAUGGCAUCCUGCUGGAAUCUUUGUUUCGUGACUGUGAUUUUAAUGGUGACCCAGUGGAAACUUAGCCUUGGUGGAAUUUUCAGACAUGGUCCAUCAGAUACUGUUCUUGUCCAGGGAAAGACAGCGGUCUUAAGGUGUGCUGUCAAAACCCAGGGGAGCGAGGUGGUCUACUGGUUCCACGUUGAUUCUGGACAAUAUAUCAGCUACGAUGAAAACAUAUAUUCUUUCGUUAUGGAGGAUCGUUACUCCAUCAUUGGAAACCACAAGAAAGGUGAAUAUUACUUGACGAUACGAAAUGCUCGGAAAUCAGACAAGGGGGAAUACCGAUGUGUGUAUGGGAAUCAGUUCGCAUCAGCACGCAUGGUGGUUUUGGUGCCACCGAAUGAUGGAUCUCCUGCUUGUGAGGCUCUUCCUGCAGCCGAUUCUACCAGCAUAGGUAAUGUUGCCCAGCUUUCCUGCACGUCUCAAGGUGGUGAUCCUCCAGCUGAACUGUCCUGGUACCGACAAGACAAGUUGAUAGCCGGACCCGCAGUGCACGCGAACUCCAUCCAGAGACUAGUAAAGAAAGAGGACAACGGUGUCAUUUUCACCUGCUCUGCGACAACACCAGCUCUGACCUAUCCGCGAACCUGCAGCGUGAUGAUCCUCAAGAAUCCACCAAUGGUCACAGUAACACCACCUGAAGUCAACAUCAAACAUGGACAAACCGCUCAGUUCAGCUGCCAAGGUAUCGCCGAAACCAAUGUAACCGGUUACCGAUGGUUCGUCAAUUAUGUUGUUGUUGGGAGCAAGGUGUCUUCUCCCCGUUAUACACUCGACCCAACUAAUACCACACUGACAAUUCACAAUGUACAAGCCUGGGAAAAUGGUGUUAUCGUGUCCUGUGAAGCUAACAUCCAGUCCGGGUUGAAGGGUAGGGGAAGCGCCAAUCUUGGUGUAAAACUGCCGCCAAAUUUCAGAACCGAAUCACCUCCCACAUCUGAUAGUGGAAACAACGGUAACGGGACGGGGUUAUCCCCGAAAGGUCUUCAUCCUCAACCCUUCAUAACCACCAACAUUGCUGCCAUAGCCGGUGCCUCUGCAGGAGCUCUUGUGCUGCUCAUAGUUGUUUCAACUCUUGCUGCGUGUUGUGCCAAAGGAAAGAGUCAUAAAUACCCUGCAGGUAAAAACAUGCCUGGAUCAUUGAGGUAUAAAACUUCCCAACAGGUACUCAUUGAAGAGGAUUUCCCCAUCUAUGCUAAACCUAUGAAGGUAAAACGUAACUGCGAGGUGACGGACUCAAGUCGACCAAACAGCAUCUCCACAGCUUCCACGGCAGAGUCGGCUCUGACAGGCGUCGGCUCGGAUGCCGGUCACGGUGUCGCCAUCCCGCUCUGUCUACGACCGCCAUCUUUGAAACGACUUGGAAGAAAAAUAACUUCAAAUUACGAGAAAAUUGGUUUCGACGGACCGCUACCUCUCACCCGGCCCGAACCAAUGGGCAGUGAAGACAAAGACUCGGUCCCUGUCGAGAACCCAUUAAGGCAGACUGAAUUAUGCAGGAGCCAAAAUAACGCAACAAACGGCGAAUUAAGAAAUGGAACAUCGAAACCCGGUGAAUUAGUUUAUGCCGAUUUGGACCUGGCAGAAAAUAAUAAUGAUUCAUCAACAAAACAAACUCAGCCAAAUAGCAAGGCAUCGGACGCUGUAGCCUACGCGAAAUUACGAUUAUAAACCAACCACACCUUAGUUUCUUUUUUAUACGAAUGUAAUUUAACAAUUUUAAAGAUGUUAUAUGUAAAUUUGGAUGUUUUGUAAUGUCAUUUUUAAUUUUAUACCACUUUUAUUGACUUCCAUUCAGAUGGGUUUAAUGAUCACUUCACUGCUUGCAGACUUGUUUGUUAGAUGACAUUGAAUUCGGUCAAAUUCGUUCUUCAUUAUAGCCCUAUUUUGUCAAAAAGAAUAUGCCUACUAAAACUAGCAAUAAUGAACUAACCGUGUAUUUCUAGAAAUUAAACAAACUAUAUUUCAAAGAAACGCAAGUAGAUCUGUGUUGAUUUAAUAAUUAAAACUAUUAAACGGUUUACUCCAUUCUGAAUUCCUGCUGAUAUGAAGAAAUAAAAGUAAGAUUAAAUAAGCAACUCCAUGGUCAUUUGAUCAAACUUGGUGCAAACAAUGAAUUUAUCAGGCACGGUCUUGUUUUUAUUUGUUUAUUUUUUCUUUGGUUUGUUUCUUAUUUCUUUUUUUAAGAAACAAGGCAACUUUAGAAUACUGCUCACUUUUUUAUCGGAUAUGGACGGAACUGUUUGCUUUUUCAUUUGACGUUUCCCCAUGAAACCAGUACCGCUUUAAAUUGACAGACUUCAUAUAUCAUGACGAGAUGAAUAAAAGGUGUAAUAUUCGAACAGCUUAGUCAAGAAAGUUCCAUUCGCUCAAUCAGCUCUGUGAUGAUUACAGUUGACAUUUGAAUUAAGAUUAUGAGACAUAUAAGGUAAACAAAGUCUAGCUCCAUGGUGAUCACGAAUAUUGAAUUAAUACAAAAAUUAGCGGGGCUCACUGGUGAUUUAAGUCAUUUGGAUAGCAUCUUAAGUAUACUAAACAUCCUAGGGACUUGAAUAAUUAAUAUAAUAAAAGUUCAUUUUACACAUGGUGUUUCGGUAUUUUGAAAUACAUAGUCACAUAAUAGAGUCUAUAUAUUUUUAUGCGGAUGUAAACAAUUAUAAGGCAAAUCACUUGGAAUAAGGUCUGAAAUAGUGGUUAAGUGUCGGAGCUAAUAGUAGGCAUGGUGGAAUAAUGUGAAUGCAGAUUGAAAAUGUCUAAAUAAUACCAAAAAUUGAACCUGUCUUUAACAUUGAAUUCUUUCCUUUAAGCUAUGAGCUUCGUGUACAUUUAUUUCAUUUUUUGUUGACAUUUCAAGACAUGGGUAUUUUCUUAAAGAAAUCACAUUGAAUGAGAGACACGAUCCUACACAGAAGGAAUCACUAUCAUUUUUAAAGUGUUACAUGUAUAUGUUAUUUGAAUGAGGUAAUUAUGAUUGUCUUUUCUGAAUUGGGGGGUUACCGCAUCGCUAUUGGCAUCAUGUCUUCCAGGAUUUUACCAAUCAUGAAUGAACCAUAAGGUGGGAUUUGGAGUUUACAAUUUCGUAGGCUACAUUUUGAGUCUGUAUUAUUUUUUUUGGUAAUUGAAGUUAAGACUGCUUUAUCAAGCGAAGUGAUGGGCAUGUGAACGUUUAGGGCCUGAAAUAGAUAUAGUGUAUGUUCGGUUCCAAUUGAUUUUGAAAGCAUAAUGUUUUUUUUUUCUUUUAGGUGUAAAACAUUUACCUUGUACCUGCGAUACAUCUACUUUUAAUUCACAAUACAUUUUUCCUUAAACGAACGAUGAAUAGCACUUGCAAUUUCCUAUCUCCUCGAUUCGUAGCUCCUGACUUAGACGUUUACAUUAAUAGACUAAUCUUAUACACACGAUACAUAUGCCGUACAUUUACGUUAUAUCAGCGAUAAAUUACCAUUACAUUAACCCUAUACCCUCGAAAUAUUACCAAUACAUUUACCUGAUACACACGAUACAGAUUACCCUUACAUUUACCUUGUACUCUCGAAGUUUACCGUAACAUUUCCUUCAUACACACGAUAGAAUAUCCGACUUUUUCCUUUUUCACACGAUAUUAAACACACGAUAUAAUUACCUUUCUUUACCUUAUGCCCUCGAUAGCUUCCCCUUUCAUUUACAUUAUUAAACAGAUGAAACCCUUAUAUCUGUUUUGGUUCUCGAGAUUACAUUACGUAAUGCUUGCGAUAUUAUACCCUUACUUAUUUACGAAUGUGUCCGAGACGUAGACGAACGAAGCAAUUGAUAAUCAUUUUUUUUCUAAAUAUAUGAACCACAGAGCUCGAAGUCUCAUCGUUGACAUUCAUUUAUGUCCAUGAUGUGGCUUUUACAUGAAAUAAUUAAAUCUUUUAAAAUAUAACAAUUUGUUUAAGUAUGCUACGGACCUCUUAGCUAUACCUCUUUAACUUUUUAAGUUAUCUUAGCUGGAAAAGAUGAUCCCUAUAUAUCUGAGGAAUAUUACAAAAAGAAGAAGAUAUAGAUGAAUACAGAAAUGGGUAAAUAGCAUGGUAUAUAGAUAUACCAAUAUAUAGAGAGACAGAUAAAUGAAUUCAUUUAUAUAUAAAAAAUCACGAAAAAUCGAAUUGAUGGAUGACUGAAUAUUCAAGUGUUCUUCAACAUACUACUAAGUCAAUAAAUUUCAUGAAAUCGUUCCAAUAAAACGUUUGUUCCCUUUUUGAUAUACUCGUUCCUAAUUACUUCCAUGGAAUUUGCUUACUUUUGUUCUAGAAAGGAAUGUGUAAAGUUUGGAUUAAGUUCAUUCAUAUGUACUCCAAUAAGAACAGAUGAAUUAUGAGUAACAUAUGUACUACUUCUGUCAUAAGAUUUCUCACAGUAUUUUUAAUCACCAACAUUAUUAUUUCAAUGUCAAGUUUGGGGUUUUAAUUAUAUUUGAUGUGAUUUCACUCAUGAUCUAAAAUAAGUCAUUUGGGUUGUAUCCAAAUGUAUCGAAAUGUUUGAAAAUAAUGAAAAGUAUAACCACUUAAUAUGAAACAUGAAUUGUAUCUAAAGUGCAUAAUUGUAAAUUGAGAAAUUCAUGGCUGCAUUUGGGAUCACUUUCUGGAAUUAAAGGGGAGGAUUCAUGAUCAUAUCGCACACAAUUCAUCAUCCAAGCCUUCUAAUGAGGCACAUGAAAGUACUGUGCCUGAUCCCUGCCACAGCACCUGUGCCCUUGGGCAAGGCAUUUAUGUACAAUGCUCUUUUGUCAUUCAUUAAAAUAAUUGAAAAUGUUCUAUGGUAUCUAAAUGUGAAUGAGUUUGAAAGAUAAAAAUUGUGGCAAAAUUUCGAAACCACGACGCUAGAAUAAGAUGGACGGUCAUGAGCGCGGUGAGCAUUGAGUUCAUAGUGACGUCAUGUAUCUCCCAUUCUUAUUUCGUAAACAAGCGGCAAAUCCGCUUGGCUACUAAAAAUUGUUGACUCUGUUUCAUGUGUAUUGUGCCGAAGUAAAGAUAAACCAAUAAACAAACUGUACUAGACACAGCGGCCCGUAUACUGAACUCGGGUUUAAAUCAAAGCCUGGUUUAAAGUUGUGUUUUAACUGCGGAGAGCCCACUGGGGUACAAAUCCCUAACAGUACACAUCCAAUUCAUUAACUCAUGACACCCAAAUUGUUUGAGAAUGAUAACUGCAGUAUUUUGAAGUAUUUUUAUUUUCCAUUAUGAAAGCAAAAGGAAACAAAAUAGUAAACAUUAGAAAUAUACAAUAUAAACAUAAUUUUUGAAGAAAAAAAAUUGGCUCCCCAUAAUUUUAGCACAGAGUGGUCUAAGUUAAACCUGACUUCAGAAUACGUGCCAGCGAAUCUGAACAAUUAUUGGUUCAAACUGAUUUGUAAAGAAGAUAAACUCUUAUAAUUCUGACAAUUGUAUGUAAAUAAUCCGUUGAAAAUGUUUUCAAUGCCUACUUUUUUUUAGGCAAAUUGUAUUCCACUUUAGUGUCGAAAUAAAAGAUGUGAAUAUU